CGCCCGGCGCCGCCCUGUCAGUCCCCGGGAGCGAGCGGGGCGGCCCCUCUGCGGCAGGCGGCUGGCGGGCGCGCAGAGAGCCGGAAAGGCGGGCGGCGGCGCGGCGAGGGGGACACGCAGGAUGUCCUUCAAGAAGGAAACCCCACUUGCCAAUGCUGCGUUCUGGGCAGCGAGGAGGGGAAACCUGGCCCUGCUGAAGCUGCUGUUAAACAGUGGUCGUGUGGAUGUGGACUGCAGAGACAGUCAUGGCACCACACUCCUCAUGGUGGCCUCCUACGCUGGCCACAUAGACUGUGUGAGGGAGCUGGUUCUGCAGGGCGCGGACAUCAACCUCCAGAGAGAGUCAGGUACAACUGCCCUGUUCUUUGCUGCCCAGCAAGGCCACAAUGACGUCGUGAGAUUUCUCUUCGGAUUUGGAGCAUCCACUGAAUGUAGGACCAAAGAUGGCGGCACUGCCCUGUUGGCUGCCAGUCAGUAUGGGCACAUGCCAGUGGUGGAGACCUUACUGAAACACGGAGCCAACAUCCAUGAUCAACUUUAUGAUGGAGCCACUGCCCUUUUCCUAGCUGCCCAAGGAGGUUACUUGGAUGUCAUUCGACUGCUGCUGUCUUCAGGGGCAAAAGUCAACCAGCCAAGGCAGGACGGAACCGCACCACUGUGGAUCGCAUCCCAGAUGGGCCACAGCGAGGUGGUGCGCGUGAUGCUGCUGAGGGGAGCUGACCAUGAUGCUGCACGCAAUGACGGCACUACAGCACUGCUGAAAGCGGCCAACAAAGGGUAUAAUGACGUCAUAGAGGAGUUGCUCAAAUUCUCACCUACUCUCGGCAUUUUGAAGAAUGGAACUUCGGCUCUCCAUGCUGCAGUGCUCAGCGGGAAUAUUAAAACAGUUGCGCUGCUUCUGGAAGCAGGGGCAGAUCCAGCCUUGAGAAACAAGGCCAAUGAGCUUCCAGCAGAACUAACCAAAAAUGAGCGCAUACUGCACCUCUUGAGAAGCAAAGAAGGACCUGGCAAGAAUGAAUUUGGUUCCAGCUUGGACAGAUAGAAACUUAAGCCACAUUGUCUGGAAAGAAAUGGGUUUUAACAAUUUUGGAAAUUCUUUGAAGAAAGAAUGUCCACCCUGUGGGUUUGUGCAUUGUGCACUCACUCAAGGAAGGGCUGAGGGUCCACUUCCCCUCACCUACUUACAGUGGGUGUCUCACACGGCCCUGUAACUUGGCCCUUGGGGACAUGGAUAUUCACAGAUGCUACAGAACUUAUUACAACUAUGCUAGUGUGAGCCCCUCAGUUAAACAUGUUUGACACGGUUUUCAUGCUGAAAGGGCCGACAAAUGGCUUUGCUCUUUAAGAGUCAAAGAUUUCCCUACAAUGAAUCAACGCAUUUUUGCUUUUGUGUUAAAUGUAGCUAUACUAAAAUAUAUUGCAUCCACCAUAGUUAUGUAUUCUCCUUCAGUAUAAAAUAUUUUCUACCACCUGAAGAUCAUAGCCAUGAUUCUCAUGACCUAAGCAUUCAUUAUGUAAGAUCCACUUCUGACAUUCCACUGUGUGUUACUCAAAGACGAGACAAUAACACACAGAAAAGGUAAAUUACAGCUGUUGGUGAAGCCUCGUCUUAUUCAUGACGUAGAAAGUUGCCAUCUCUUAGUUGACACUGUCGAUGAGGAAAGCAGUGGAAACCUGAAACCCCCAAAGGCUGCGAAGCACAAGUUUCUUUGAGCUUUGAUUUUGGUUGUGUUGUCUGGAGUCAGUCAUUCCCCGUGCUACAAGUGAGGACACACUGUGCUGCGGAAUCUGGCUUCCAGCCGCAGCCCUGACACACUGACGCUGAGCUCACUGGACGAAGCAUGACACACGUAAGAACUGCUGCUGUUACCGUUACCACUUGGGGAUUACCCGUAGUAAAAAGUAUUGUUUGUAUUUAAAGAUGUUCAGUGUGCACGCUCAUGGGUGUUUUGGUUCUAAGAAGAAACCCCAAGUUUACUGAUCGUUUCUCUGAGGGCCUCUAAAGCUGAUGUUCAGUGCCCUUUCAAAGGUGUCUAUCUGCCUCUGUCAGUGCCUAACUGCACACACAGAGAUCAAGUGUUCUGGGACGCACCAUAUGAAACACUAGCAGUGCUUCUCGUGUUUAAACACAUAUCCAGUGUUCUUGCUCAUGUUAUGCUCCGGUUUCCAAGUGACAGUCUCUGUGUGAAGUUGUGUUAAGAUGGAGGGGAAAGUAAUCCUAAAUAGUUUCACUUUAGUAACAUGCAGUGCUACCAGGAGCCUUUAAGUCAGUAAAUGACAGAAUGAAACUUUUGAAAUUAGAAGACAGUCUCUUAAAAUUAUGAUAAAUGCAAUCAGAAUGAGGAGAGUUUGAUAAACAUGGCUAACAAAGCCAGUCACAAACAGCACCCAGCUCUGAGAAAAAUGCCGAGCCCGAUGGGCUGUGCAAAAUCCCAUCUAAUUUUGAAAUAAAAGAUCAGAAAGCUGUGCAUUGCCAGAACACCAGACAAAAAUAUUUUGGUAGCUAAAGAUCAGUGCCAGCUUCCUCACUGACAACCCCUUAUUCAGCAAAGUUAUACAAAUACUCAUUCCCCAUAGGAAUUUUGAAAUGUUAUCAUUUGACAAGAAAAUAAUGUGGACUUAAGUGCUUUGCCUUUUAUUCAGCCUGCGCCAGAAUCAGUUGUUCAUCACUGUUCCAAAGCAAAGAAGUAGUGUAGGUACCAACAUUAAAAUGC